AUGACAGAUCCUGUAUAUUACGAUGGUGGUUUAUUCAAGUUUAUUCCAUUUGACAAUAAUACUUGGAUAAUUGAAUUAAUAAAACAAAGUGUUGUAAAAAAAGAAACUCAAUUUAUCAUUAGUGUAUGUAUAAUAAGUUGUUUAUUAAGUUUAAUUUCAAUUAUAAAAAUAAUAUUUAUACAUGAUGAUGAUGAUAACAAUAUUACUUAUAAACAAUCAGUAGAUAACAAAUGUUGUAAUGCUUUAAAGCUAACUUCAUCUUCAUACCAUACAACAUACAUGUGUUUUAACAAUUUACAUCUCGAUAAUACAUCAGUCUUCAAUGAUCAAUUCACUAGACGAGAUAAUCAUAAACAAUAUAUUAAAAUACAACAUGACAAAAUACAAUUAAGUAAAGUUUUACCAAUUGCAGAAUCAUUAAAGAUCAAACACUUAAACAAACAAAAUAUCCAAUCCGUUAAACUCCUUGAUCAUGUUCAAUAUGAUAAAGAUAAUUUGGAGAGUAAUCAAAAUUAUGAAUUGUAUACAUUAGAUUUAUUUAGAUUUCGUAGAAAAUCAUUCUAUCGCUUAUUAAUAUAUUCAAUAGUUGUUGUUAUCUGUUUCCUAAUCUGUCUUUAUAGUUUUAUUAUAUCUUUACAACAUAAACAAAAAUUAAUGCAACAAGUGAAUAAUUUACCUUCAAAAUUGAAAUUAAUCUCAUUAGAAACAGACCAAUUCAUUCAGUAUGCUAUAGAUAUAGCUUACAAUCUGACUAUAAUUCAUAUACAUAAUGAUGUAUUACAGAGUUCACCAUCUAAAAGUUUAAUAAAUCAAUUUGUUCAUAGUAUAAAACAUUUUAUAGCAAAAGUUAUUACUUGUUUGACUACUGAUUUUUGUCAUACAAGUAGUAUCUCUUCAUUGAACUUAUAUUCAUUGACAACCAUUGGAUUAGGGCAAAAUAAUUUAUCUUUAAUACAAUUAGAAAAUAUUAGUAUAGAAUCAAAAAUGAUAUUGGAUAAUUUUGAUCUAGUUCUAAAUCGUUAUGUAAAAUUAAACAAUGUUGCUAGAUUAUUAAAUUCAGAAAUGAUUAGGAAAAUAGAACAUUCAUGGUAUACAUAUCGACAAAGUUUAUCAUCAUUUAGUUAUUUAAAUGAAUAUUUAAUUAAAGAGAAUAUAACAUCUAUGUCAAUUCCCUGGUGGCAUACACCACCUAUUGUACAACAGACGAAACAUGUUCUAUGUGAUAGUUUGGUACAUUCUAAACUUGUAGAUUUUACUUCAUGUAACCAAGUAGAUCAAUUUCUAUCAAAUCUUACACAAUAUUCUACUCAUCUUCCAUUAAAUUUACCUAUGAGAAGUUUAACAUCUGUUUUAAAGUACGAUCUAAUUCCACAAGCAUUAAAUGUUGAACAUUUGAUACAUCAGUGGCUGCCGGUUAUCAAUAAUCUUUCAAAUAAUGGCAUACAUUUCUUGUUUGAAACAUAUUUGAAGCCAGAGAUUGACAAAAUUAAACAUGAAAUUUCUAUUUAUGCUAAACAAUUUCCUUCUGUCAAUUUUGUCGGACAGAUGAAGCAAAUUAUCAACUACAUCAAUCUUGCACUGUUAUUCUAUCACAUACUACUUAUUUCCCUGAGUAUAAUACUUAUCACAAUUUACACAUACAUAUUUAUUUUAGGCUAUCAAUUCAUCAAAGGUCGAAAUCAUCAAUACAAAACUUGGAUAAAUAAUAAUGGUCAUUUCAAAGUAAACAUAUAUCGACCAAUUUGUUUACGUUUUAUUUUAUGUACAAUUUCUAUAAUAUGUUUCUUGUUGAUAAUUGUUAGUUUGACAAGUGUAUACAUUUCACUAAUCAGCAUAAAUGAAGGUUGUAUAUAUUUACAAUCUGAUAAUUUAGCUCAAACAAAAGCUGAUGAAUUAAUUACUCAAUAUUUAAAGACGUUUAUUUAUCAUUUCAAUGAAACCAAAGAAUUUUUAUCAAUUCCAAAUUUAAAUUUAAAAAUACCACAAAAUAUUAUAAAAACAUUCAAUUCAAAAUAUACACCAGAUCAUUUACCACUUUUAAAAAGUUUAUAUAUAAAUCGUCCAUUCAAUCUUAUAAAUAUAAUAAAUUCCAAUUAUAUUUAUUCAUUAUUAGAAAAUAAUUGGAAUCAAGAAAUUAUCAAUAAAAUAAAAAAUUAUAAUUUAAAAUCAAAAUUCCCGCCAAUCAAUUAUCGCGCAUUAUUUGAACAAAUUAAUAUAACAUUAAAUUUAACAUAUUCAUUUGAUAAUUUAUAUGUAGGUGAUGUCAAUGAUUAUUUAAUUAAUCCUGAAUUAAAUUAUUUCUUGAUUAUUUUAAAUAAUCUUAAAAAUAUUUCUAAUGAAGAAAAUCAAUAUUUAAUUAAAUUUUAUAUGAAAUUAAAUCAAUUAUUUAAUCAAUAUUAUUUUAAUUAUUUAUUAAUUAAAAAUCAAUUAAAAAUUAUUGAAAAUAAUAAAAUAAUUAUAAAACCAUUAAAUAAAUUAAUUAAUUUAGGAUUAAAUAUAUUAGAACAAAUUCAAUAUUUAAAUAAUUCACAAAUUGAAUAUUUAAUAAAUCAAUUAUUUUUAAUGAGUUGGUAUGAAUUCAAAUUGAAUAUAAUUCAAUAUAUAAUACCAUUUAUAUAUAAUUUAUUAGAUGAUAUGAUACCAUUUAAUGGUUUAUAUGAAUUAUAUACCCAAAUUAUUAUUACUAUAUGUCCAUCAAUCAAUAAUAAUAGUAAUAAUAUUAAUAAUAAUAAACAAUUAUUAGAAUUAAAUAAUAAUAAUAAUAAUAUAAAGCCUAUAUUAAAUGAAUUAAAAUUAAUGAGUAUAGCAAUUACAAUAGGAUAUAUUUUCUUAUUAUUAUUAUCAUUAAUUAUUUCAUUAUUAUUAUAA